AUGGUGGCGUGUUGGCAACGGCAUUUCAAGCGUGAUGCUGCCCGGGCCCUGAUUGCCGAGCACUCGGGCUGGAGUUGCGAUCCUUUCUUUGCUAUGGACGUCGCUGUCCUCCGCCACUUGUGGAGGGUCCUGACUCGGGCUCCGUUAUGGUUGGACACCGUGCCCAUCGCGCAGGCUUUCCCCGACUGGACGCUGGUGCUUCCUCGUCUCGGGCCGCUGCUGGAGCGACUUGGCUGGACCCUCAACCGUGAUGGCCCUCGCCUUUGCUGGUCGGACGAUGAUGGAGCUCAGCGUGCUUUUAAGGUGGGCUUUGACGGCUUUAAGCAGGUGGAGGCCCUUUUGCGACAGCACCACCGAGAUCUUCGGGUCUACGAGGCUGGCCGUGUUUGCCGGAGUUUUCAUCGUGAUGGCGAUGGCCUGGCGACUGGGUUAGACCUUCCUCCUCCUGCGGCCAACCGCCACUUCUUCUUUGAAGGCCACCGGCAGUUGUUCGGGGCGGGGUCUCGGUUUGUUCGGUACGCUGCUUCCGCUUCUGCUGGGCAAGUGUGGUUUCUUAACAAGGGAGCGAACUACGCCGCGGAACAUCCUCGACGUCGGUGUAUGUGUGGCGGCAAGGAUCCUUCCCGACCUCACCUUGUUUGGAUUUGUGAACAUACUGCGGAGGGCCGCCAAAAUUUGGCCCUUCCUACUGACAGGACUCAGGAGCGCCUUUUCGCCAGAGGUGCUGACAGCUGGCCUCGUGCGCCGGUUGCCCUUGACUUCGAGGACCUGGUUCGGGAGUUCUUCGACACUUUGGAGGGCCUGCAGGACUCUCCGGUGAUCUACCUGGCGACGGACGGCUCCUCCAGACAGGUCGUUGGGGCCUACUCUGUGGUCUCCUUCCCGAGGGAGGCCGCCGUUGCUACUGGGAAUGACGACGAAGACCAAGAGUCCUUCAAGCAGGAGUUGCUCGCAUUACGGCUGGCUGCCAUGGGCGCUCAGCAUCUGGUGUGCACUCUUGGAUGGCGUGGCUUGGUCGUCCUGGUGUGCGACUGCCAGGCGGCUCUGGGCGUGGUGGGCGCUCACACCGAGGACUCCUUUUGCGAGCUGCCUCUUCUUGCUAAGGAGGUUCGUAGCCGCCUUGCUUCGGUCGACAACGUGGGCCACCACCUUCGACGUGUUUGGGUUCCAGCUCACGGGCGACGGCCUCACUGGGAGGCUCCGAGUGGCCUCUCUACCGAUCUGCUCCGGUCGCUCAACGAUCGCGCGGACGAGACGGCUAGAGCAUGCAUGUCUCGACGGCUUCGGGGCUCUGCUCGCCAGGCUUGGUGGCGGACUCUGGAAAGCAACUCUGAGUGGGAGCAGGUCGCCAUUUUGGCGGCUGCCGCGGCUGCGCACAAGCUCCAGCUCCACUUCGAAGCCGCGGACUCUUUGGUCGGCGAGGCGGCUGCUGGGGUGAACGUGGUCUGA